AUGUUGAGUUCAAAAAUUUCAAAAUAUGUCCAGAAUUAUCUUAAUAACAAGGAAGUAACACCAAGUGAAGCUAAAGAACUUUACCAUAGAUUUGAAAGAGUAUUGAACAACAAUGAAAGCUUCAAAAAGGUUUGGUCAAAGUGUUUGAUUGUUCAGGAUGAGUACCAAAAAGAAAAGAAAAAUAUUAUUGGAACAAGAAAAACAGUAGAUAUGAUUAGAAACAAUGCAUUUUUUGGAGUAAAAGAAAAUUUUAAAGAAAUUAAAGAUUUGAUAUCUGAGUAUAUGAAUGAAGCAAGCGGAUUAUCAAAUAAAGAAGAAGAUUAUAAAAGACAAUUAAAACAGAUUGAUGAUGAUAUAAUUGAAUUAUCAUCUAAGAGGGUUAGACAUGAAGAUGAAUACAAAGAAAAGUUGGAGAUGAAAAUGAAUAGCGAUAAGAAUUUAAGUAGUGUAAUAAAGAAAAACGAGGAAUUAUCACAUGAAUUAAUGAUAAAGCAGGUAAAUACGGUGGCAUUAGAAUCUUGUUCUAAGGUGAAAAAAAAGGAGAUAAUGAAUUUAGAGGAAAAAUUGAAGGAGUUCGAAGACAAUACGAGAUGUAUACUUGGAAUGAUAUCGAUGGAAAAUACUGCAAUAUUAUCAGUGAGGGCAGAGUAUACUCAAAUAAAUGAACAGAAGAAAAAGAUGGUCAAAAACUUGGAAAAUGAGAGAGAAAAACUGAUUCGAGUUGCUAAGGAUUCAAAAAUAAAUAUUGAACAAUUGAAUAAGAAAAUACUAACUAAUAAAAAACAAAUAUUACAAUUAAAAGGUGAGGAAAGUAAGAAAAUUGAAAUCAUUGAAAAGUUAAAUGAACAAUUGGUAAAUAUAAAAGAAAAGAACACAUUGGAGGAUUCGAAUCUGGAUAAGAUUCAAACAACAGCCAAUGCAAUAAAAAGCCAGUUAGCUCGUCUAGAAGAAAAGAUGAGAGUAAUAAAGUAUUUAUGGGAAACUAAAAUUGAUUUCAAUAUUCAUGAGGUAUUUGAUGAUAAGGAAAUUUUACAGCAAGCUAAGAAGAAACUGAGUGAUAAAAAUAUUGAUAUUUCAAAUUAUAUUAGAGAAAAUGGAGAGUUAAUAAUCAAGAAAAAUGGCUUAAUAGAAGAGAUUGAGAUAUUAAAACAAAAGUUAUCAGAACAGGAUUUCAAUUCAAAUAAAAUACAAAAGAUCGAAAUUGAAUUAUAUGAAAAGAUCAGUAAAGCUAAAAUGCUUAAUUCUGAUUUACUUAAAAGACAAAGAGAGUUGAGCAACAUAGAAGACAGAAUUUCAGAAAGCAAACAAAGACUAUUCAAAAUAAAGAAUUUGUUUGACAAUAUAUCUAAAAAAAGAAGCCAAGAGACAAGACAAAAAUAUAUCAAAGAGUUAACAGAACUAACAGAGAGAUUGGGUAAAAAACUUAUACAGACAAAUCCUAAGGUGAAUAUUACAAUCGAAAGCAUAUCAUAA